GACUGUAUCAAAUUACUUCGUGAUGUUGAUGCCAUCUUCACUGAUGAUAUCACGGAUGUGGGCAGUGCAGCUGAUAGCAGAGACACGGUUGUCACCGUCAUCACUGGAGAUGGGUUUCGUCUUUGCGACCUUGUGAUUGCAAUUUCUUCACAUGCCAGGGUCGGACUCGCUGCACUUAACGUCGUGACUAGACCCGCACUUUCAUCCGAAAUGCUCAUCCCCUGGCUUGCGGCCGUCCUGUCCUUACCGGUAUCUCUUCUGGUGUCUGCCUCCACCGUCAUCGUCGAUGAUGAGUUGGGCGAUGUCACCACGGGAGAGAAGAUCGUCUAUGCCCCUCCUGCCGCCUGGAUUUCCGGCGGAAUCGCGAACUGCGGGUCGAUCUGUUCGUCUGUUGAUUCAAGCCUGGCGGCCCUGGCCUACAGGAAUACUUUCCACGGCUCGCUUUUCAUCCCUUUCAAUCAGAAAAAGACGCUGUCUCCCCCUUCUGCCACCUUCCAUUUCGUUGGCGUCUCGGUGAAGGUGAUCUGCAUCUUGGGCAAUACAUUAACAGAUCCGGUGGGCACGGCCAACAUGACGUUCAGCAUCGACGGCUCUGAAGUCGGAAAUUUCUUUCACCAAGCGCUUCUUGACCCGCCGUUUGAACCGAACGUGACCGUAUUCGCUUCUGGGCUAUUGGACAAUAGGAAUCAUACGCUCUUGAUACAAAAUGGUCUGAUUGGCGGUCCGUCAUCUCUCAUGGUACUUGAUUCGAUCUCCUAUGAAACCAUGCCCCCAUCUCUUCCCGAAAGCCUGGCAUCAGACUCUGGCACUCCGAGCGCGUCUUUGUCGCUGCCUUCAGCCACUGCGACGCCGUCUACGCCUGCGAGUGUGGGCUCGAAUAUCGCCAAGUCACCGAACCACAACGUCGCGAUUGUCACCGGAAUCGUCGUCGCGCUUGCUGUGAUUCUUCUUAUCGCCCUCGUCUUGCUCUUCCUCCGGCAGAGACGGAAGGAGGAUAGCUCGGAUCGCGGCGUCAUGUCCAAGUUCCUGGCGUCUUUCUCGUCGCACAGCAAGCAGGCCCCUGAUAUAGCGCCAGUGCCGUUCCCUACACCCGUGAUUCCUGCCCAGCCGUUGGCUGAGGGCGAGCGGACCCGGAGACCGCGUCCUCGACCUCGGCUCGCACCGGUUUUAUCAACAGCAUCAACACCCUCCCUUCGAUCGAGAAUCUCACACAUCUCAUUCAACGCGAAUCUGCUCGUCGGUCGUCGAAGACCUCCGCCCCCUGCUGCUGCUCCUGCCAGGCAUAGAACAAUGCAGUCCAUACCGAGUCCCAUUCCGCAUGAGCGCGUCGUUUCCAUCCAGCAGUGGCAGCGACGCACGCAGGAGGAGACCGCCGGCCAAAAUGUUGUCCAUCCGAUGGACAUGUCCGAAGUCGAUUUAUCAACUCAUUAUGAUGAGAGCUCUGCUACUUCUCCGCCGCCUCCUGCGCAGACAGGCCAGCCGCCUGUCCGCCGGUUUACGGUUAUGAAUAAUUGAGCUUCAUUCUCGAUACCAAUGUACUUUUAGCGCCGGACCUCCCGCGUAGAGUCAGUCACUCGGCCCCAACGGCUGAGUGCUUGCUAUUAGACCGUCUUUUUCGCAAGGAA